AUGGCCUCUGCUCCGCUCAUAGUUCUACCGGCUCCUGCUGAGACCCAGAUGCUGGCUCACAAUGGAGACCGCGUGGAGUUGGACAAGUAUGUUAAGGGGUUUCCAAUUCCCCACGGCUACAAGAUCAACAUCGCGCAUUCCUCAAAAGACAACUGCAACAUCUGUCAUUACGAGUGUCAUCGAGGUGGAAAACCUUCCAAACCCAAACCAAGGACAAAUGUUGGCAACACUACAGAGCCAAAUCAACCACCGUUCACUAGAGUCACUAGAUCGAUCAAGAUUGAAUGCCCGUUCCGCCUUACAGCCCAAUAUGAUACAACAAGCAAACUCUGGACUCUCGUGCAUGUUUGCAUUGGUCACAAUCAUGGUCCAAUUCAACCGGUGCCGGAUCUUGGUAAUCCCCCCAAUCCUGACCUACCUACCUCUGAUGCAAACAAGGAAGUUAUUGCAGCGCAGAUCCCCGGCGCCACUGCAAGUCCUACAAUGGCUAUUGCAGGUAGCUUCGAUCAAGAAGAACUUGACCUUGCCCUUCGAUUUUUGGGUCAGAUGGAUGAUAAUGAGAGUGAACCCAAUGGUACUCAACAUAUUCAGACAAUUACCAACGAACCAAUCGGUGCAGCUCACCACAGCUCAGACAAAGAAAACCGGGUCCCUGAACUUCAAGAAAAAGAGGGCAACGAAGAAACUGAAGCAAUUGAAGAUGCUAAAGGGGGAGCAAACAAAAAUACUACAAAGUCGUACAUUGAUUUCCUACUUGGACCAACUCCUCAGAAUUGUUCAACACCAUCCCGAGGCUGUGACGUUGGGCAUGAAACUGAGGAUUGUUCACUCGCAGUGGAAAUUCCAAUCGGUCAUCAAGGUCCACAAGAGAGCCAAGCUAGUAAUAUAACUAUAACACCCCCUGAUACGCAGUGUGCAUCGCCCAGCACCAUGAUCAAUUACAGUGCUCCUGCUCAAAUGAAAAAAAGGAAACGGGUGAAGUCCAAAGACUUACCUGCUAAUUCAGAGAUAACAGCACCUCGCGCCACUCGUGCAGGCGCUUUAAGAAACUCAUCUGCUCCUUCCCAAUCCAGCCGUCGCAUUUCACAAAAGACAUCUUCAUUUAUAUCUUCUGUUUGGCUCAUUUGUUGUUGUUUAGACUGCUUCUGUAAAGGGCCACAAAGCUCCUGUUUUGAACUGGUGAGCGUCACAUUUUACAAAGGACAGCUGAAGUUAUAUCUUUUGUUUUGCUCAUCUGUUGUUGUGUAG